GGGAUAUUUCUUUGAAAAUGCAUGGGUUGGAUGCUUGGUGAGAACUGAUAUUGGGCCAUGUCUACAUAAACAAAUCUCUGUCACUCAUUUCAGGAGACGGACACACACCUUGAGCAAAAUUCAUUGCAAAUUUCCCUGUAACCUCAACAAGCAAUCUCUUCUUAGCAAGAAAUGGAUUGGAUGGAUACUAUUUUUGUGUUGUUCCUAUUUGCCCUCACACUUGCAUUCCUUUGGGAAAGGAGCAAUUUCUGGAAGAGCAGUAGCCGAAGGUUUCCACCAGGACCAUGCCCAUUACCACUCAUUGGAAACCUCCACCUACUGGAUCUGAAGAGGCCUUACAGAACCAUGUUAAAGUUGUCUAAACAGUAUGGUCCUGUCUUCAGCAUCCAAUUGGGAUUCCAGAAAACGGUCGUUCUGGCAGGCUAUAAGACCAUGAAGGAGGCUUUGGUGAACCAGACACAUGCCUUUCCGAACAAGGCUGUGAUCCCAGUAUUUGAUGAGUUUCAUCAUGGCCAUGGUAUUGUUUUUUCUAAUGGUGAAAACUGGAAAGUGAUGAGGCGGUUUGCAAUAUCCACCUUAAGAGAUUACGGAAUGGGCAAGAAGACCGUAGAAAACAGAAUUGUUGAGGAGUGUAGUUUCCUAAUAAAGAAGUUUGAAUCUUUUAAAGGAAAACCAUUUGACAUUAACACAAUCAUGAAUGCCGCUCCUGCCAACGUUAUAGUGACCAUCUUACUCGGCAAGCGAUAUGAAUACGAAGAUCCCACAUUUAUAAGAUUACUGAACUUGGUCAAGGAAAACUUCCGGCUCUUUGGAAAGCCUUCAGUCAGGCUGUACAACACGUUUCCUGCUCUGGGUUUUUUUUUUGGUGGUCGCAAGACUGUCCUGAAGAACAGGGAUGAACUGUUCGCCUUCAUACAGGCCACCUUCAUAGAACACCUCAAAGAACUGGAUGUGAACGACCAGAGAAGCUUCAUCGAUACUUUUCUAAUCCAGCAGCAAGAGGAAAAGAAUAAGGAACAGAACAACAGAUUUUUCCAUAAUGAAAACCUAAAAUCUAUUGUUGCAAACUUAUUUGGUGCUGCUGUGGAGACCACUUCGUCUACCUUGCGUUGGAGCAUGUUGUUUAUGAUGAAGUACCCUGAAAUUCAGAGGAAAGUGCAAGAUGAAAUGACCAAGGUAAUUGGGUCUGCUCAGCCACGGAUAGAGCACCGAGCAAAACUGCCGUAUACAGAUGCGGUGAUUCACGAAGUCCAGAGGUUUGCUAACAUUGCCCCCACCACCCUGCCACAUCUCACCACUGCAGGCAUCACUCUUGGAGACUACUUCAUUCCAAAGGGUACUAAUGUCACUCCAUUCCUGUACUCUGUGCUGUAUGAUGAAUCCGAGUGGGAGAAACCCUUCAAAUUCUAUCCUGAGCACUUCCUUGAUUCCGAAGGAAGGUUUGUCAAGAGGGAUGCCUUCCUGCCUUUCUCUGCAGGUCGGCGAGUGUGUGUUGGAGAGACCCUGGCUAAAAUGGAGCUCUUCCUCUUCUUUGCAAAUCUUCUGCAGAGAUUCACUUUCCAGCCAGCUCCUGGGAUGUCAAAAGAAGACCUGGACCUGACCCCUGCAGUUGCAAUAACUCUGUCUCCAAUGCCCUACAGCUUGUGUGCUUUGCCACGUUCUUAACAUCCAACCACGCUUAGCUUCCCUCUCCACACCAUCCUCCUCUUCUGCACCUUUUUGAUUUCAGAUUUAGCAGAACUCGACUGCUUUGUCACAAACCUUCCUGUUUUACAUACUUGUCUGCGGAAGCCCUACAAACUAGAUUAGAGACGGAACUUAGUUCAAAAUUUAGACUUCAGUUCUUGAAUUGUUUAUUGUAUGGAGAAAACAAUGUUUCUGUGUCUGAUUUCUCAUAUUGACACGUUAAAGAUGUCUUCCAAUCCCUGAAAUAAUGAAAGUGAGGUACAGAGAUUCUAUUCUUCCAAGUGAGAUGCUUCCAAUGGUACCAGUUAUGUAGACAAAAUGAAUAUCUUUAGUGUUGGAUUUUACACAUGAAACCUGCUUCAUAAACAUGCUUGGUGUAGUGGUUAAGUGUGCGGGCUCUUAUCUGGGAGAACCGGAUUUGAUUCCCCAAUCCUCCACUUGCACCUGCUGGAAUGGCCUUGGGUCAGCCAUAGCUCUCAUAGGAGUUGUCCUUGAAAGGGCAGCUGCUGUUAGAGCUCUCUCAGCCCCAACCACCUCACAGGGUAUCUGUUGUGCAUGUGGGGGGUGGGGAGGUAAAGGAGAUUGUGACUGCUCUGAGAUUCAGAAUAUAGGGCUGGAUAUAAAUCCAAAAUCUCUCUAUCUAACAUGUAAGGCCACAUGGUUUUUGUACCUGUUCUGCUAAUUCUGGAAUUUCUUUAAGCAAUUACACUGCCAGAAAUCUGAAAAGGAUAUGCAGAACAAAGACCACUCUUCAGUGAAUGAGUAAAGAAACCCAACUGAUGACUUGGUGAAACAAUUUUUGUAGUUGAGAAAAAAAUGUGGAAAAUUAAAGGUACUAGCUUUGAUCCAGCGGAGUGUUCUGCAAGACAGAAGGAUUUCGUCCCAGAAAGUUCCAAAGAUCCAUUCAUCUGCUAGGCUUGCUUAUCCAUCAGCUUUAAAUGUACAUCUCUCUUUUCCUUCUUUCUAUUCUUAUCAUGGGCAGAUUAAUGACCCUUGUUAAUAGUGUUAUGUACCUGUCAUUAUGAUUAUCAAACACUGUGCAUAUUAAAGUUGUCAAUGUUAGUUAUAAUAAAAAAAUCUGUAGUAUAUGA